AUGGACCAGCCAAUCCUCUUCGACACCUUCCUCCUCCUCCUCCUACGCCUCCUCUACUUUCUGCUUUCCCGCAAAUUCCUCACCUACACCAUCAACCCCACUCUCCGUGACAUCUCGCAGCCAGAGACAAUCCUACCGGCCACAGCCUCCAUACCUCAGGAUGGCGACCGCCCGCGACGGGCAGCGCCUUUGGGGAUAGACUCGGACUACAUGGACACGGAUGACAACACACCCAUAUCAUCCUACCCCUCCUCCCCAGCACCGUUCACGGCCACACUCGCAUCCUCAUCUCGCGAAUCGAGACGCGAUGACUACCCGUCUUCGUCCAGCAGCCUCCCCAAUCUGCCCAACCAGACAGGGGACAACAUUGAACUACACCUCAUCGGACAGAAGUUGAAGGAUGCUAGCUCAGGAGUGAGCAAGAAGGUCCUGCAAUUGAGUCACGGAAGAAGUCACGACAAGGGGACCAAAAGUCUGAAGAAGACAACCAAGGGUUUGCAUCGGAUGUCGAGGAUUCUGUUCUCUGUUUGCUUUGCAGAAAGCUGUACGUUGAUCAGCUUGGUCCUCUUUCAUUCUUUGGGCCUUCUGCAUUCCAAGUCUCGGCAGGUCAACUUUUCAGUAUCUCUGCACGUUAUCCUUGCCAUCGUGCUCGUUGUGAUACCCCUGGUCCAAUGUCUCCUUCUGACUUACCGAACAAAAGAGUCCAGCACAGCUUCAACCUCUCCUUCCCGAUCAACCUCAAUCUCUUUUACCACUCAUCUCAUCAUUUCCCUGAUCCCCUUUUCUCUCUAUAUCUUCCUGUUCACCCGCAUACCUCCGUACAUCACCGCCGUCCCUCUCGUUCUUUCCCAAUCCGAGCCCUCCUUAGAUGUGGAUGAUCCUUCGGCCACGGCUGCUACACUGGACGAAGCCAUCGUGCAAUGGUCCACCUCUGGUCCAGAGGGCUGGGAACAGGGCGGCUGGCUAGCUCCUAGCUUGGGUCGAGUAGUGGUGCUGGGCAUUGUCGUCCUCGGUGGCCUUUCCGGAUUUGGUGCUGUGCGUACUGCCUGGAAUUUCUUCGAGCAUCACCGAGCUGGGGGUAAGAGCUUGACAGACAAUGAUCUCCUUCAAGCGGAGCGAUCAUUGUACAGAGUGAGGCAAGAUCUGAUCAGCAAGAAAGAAGAGGUGGAGAGAUAUGCGCCUGUCAGUGGCAGCUCUGGGGGAUGGAUGGGAAGGAUGUUCGGCGGUGAGAAUGGGCAGGUGGCCUCUCUUCAGGCCGAACUGGGAGGGUUGGCGGCCAUGGAGUCCCAAGUCGCGAGAUCACUCAAAGCCAUGAAAGUCCGAAAGAGACGGCAAGAUUUCGGGCACACCUACAGAGGCCAGGUGUACAAUCUGGUCGGAUACGUCUUUGCCGUCUACUGUGCUGCCCGACUGUUGAUGUGCUUGCCUUCGCUCUUCUACGCCCCUCGCACAGCCGAACAGGAUUCUGGCGAAAUCCCUACAGAAGGCAAGGGCAACACUAAUGGUGACUGGAUCUCCUUCUUUCUUGCCCUUGCCAUCAGCAAGCUUCCCAAAGGCUUCGCCGAUAUCGAUGUCCCGACUUGGAGUCGUGGGAUAUCUCUUGUCCUGACGGGAAUAUUGAUCUUGUCGAGUUUGGCACAGAUUUUGAGGAGUUUGAGUAAGAUUUUGAGGUUGACGAGUAAGACUGUUGGGGCAGGGUUCCUGGUGCUUAGCCUGGGACAGUUGUUUUCAACAUAUGUCAUUUCCCUCCUCAUACAACUUCGCACCUCCCUCCCUCCAACUCUGCCCGAGGCUGAUCCUUUAAUGUAUCCCAACGGCACUCAGAUAGACCCCUUCCCAGCUGCUCCAGCCGAUACCCGAGGCGACUCCCUUCUAGCAACACUACCAGACUUUAGAGUGUUUGGUAGAUUGUUUGAUAUAUUGUUCCUUCUCGCUGCUGUAUCAACCGCACUCUACAGGUAUAUCGUACUGAAGGUGGCAAGUGCGGAUGAUAGUGGAGAUAUCUAUAGACUGUAA